AAUCAGAGGAUUGUUUUUCUGUCACGUCGUUGCACGGAUAGUAGGCUAACGGAUAUUGCAAACACAAACUAACAAAAACAACGCGGGUUUGUUUCUAAAGACGGCACGGCACGGGAAGGGUUGUUAAUGUGGACCGAGUUUUUCCUGUUGGACUUAUAUUCGUGAAAAUGUGGAGCGAACAUCGAUGCGAGGACACACGAAUUGGGUAACGUAAGCUAGUUAGCAUUAGCCUGCUAAUUCACCACAAGGCCGCUGAUAAAAACAACAAGCUUCCUGUUCUGAAGGAUGUAGGUUACUCUACGAUCCGAGUUAUAACACCACAGCUGUUACCUACGGAGCACAAGUUCAGUGGUGCACACGAUUUGAUUAAUAAGUUUGUUUUUAGUUGUGCUUGCAGGCUACCUAGCUUGGUAGCUCUUCGACUAGCUGGUAAGCAUGAGUGAAGUGACUGAUUCCAAACAGUCCGCUGACUCUGCGUCCAGGAAACGGCGUUUGGAGCCCGAUGGAGGCAGCGAGGUGCCCAGCAAGUGCCCAAAAGUCAGGGAGACAUUAGAGGAAGCGGGGGCCACUUCGGAAAGUUGCAAAAACAGUGAAGCAGAUGGGGAAGAAACAGCCAGGAAGGAGGACCAGUUAAAGGAGAGCGAGGGAAAACCAGCUGAGGGUCUGCAGAGUUCAGAGGACCCCUGUGCACCACCUGUCAACAACCCCAAGACUAGCAGCCCUAAGGCAAGCAACACAGAAAAGCCACAGUCCUCAGAUGCAGAAGGCUCUGCUGAAUCUAAGGAAAACACACAGAAAACAGCAGGGGCAAAGCUGGGACCCUCAGCCUCUCUGGAUCAGACCGACUCUGCAGCCAUUGCAGCGGCUGAAGCUCUUGCCAGUCUCACAAGAGGAGACGGGGAAGACAGCCGAGAGACUCCUUGCUCCUCAGAAAAGGCUAAACAGGUGAAACAGGGGAGCAAGUUCAAACAGCGUGGGAGUCACCACCACCACCACCAGUCCUCAAAAACAGGCUCCAGAACGCAGGCAGCGGCAGCAGACAGCUCCACAUCCGUCCACAGCACCGAUAGGGAGGAUGGAGACGAGAUGCCCGGAGCAGACGAAGGAGAUGAAUCCAUGUCUGGAUCCUCGUCCACACCAAGCUCUUCUUUCCCGUCUGACAAUGAGGACAAUGAGGACGGGGAGUGUGCCAUCGUGUCGGUGAAGAUGGCCCCGGAGAUGAGGCAGUCGGUGGCCCUCCUGGCGCAGGUGCAGAUGAGACUGGAGGCUCUGGAGAAGAAGAACGCUCGUCUUCAUCAACGGCUGGAGCUGAAGAUCAGCCGUCAGCGGCGUCCACAUCUGGAUCAGCGCAGCUCCAUCACAAAGACCAUCCCUGGGUUCUGGGUCACAGCUCUGUUGAAUCAUCCUCACCUCUCGGCUCACAUUGACGAGACCGAUGAAGACGCUCUGAGCUACAUGACGGAUCUCGAGAUCGAGUCCUUUAAGAAUAAUAAGCUGGGCUACAGGAUCCGUUUCCACUUCAGACGGAACCCGUACUUCCAGAACAACAUCAUCAUGAAGGAGCUGCACCUCGGGAUGGGAGGCUCUCCGAUGUCCUUCUCCAACCCCAUCCUGUGGCACCGCGGGCAGAACCUGACGGCCCACAGCGAGGCCAGGAAGUCGUCGCGCGGCGUCUACCAAACGUUCUUCAGCUGGUUCAGCGACCACAGCACCCCUGGGCAGGACGACGUAGCACAGAUCCUGAAGGACGACCUGUACCGAGACCCUCUGAGAUACUACCUCACUCCACUGUGGGAACCCAGGGAGAACGGCAGUGGCGGCAGCAGCGGGGGCCGAGCGGCUGAUAACGGUAACGGAGACGACUGUGUGGUGAUCUCCGACUCGGACGAUGAGCCCGGGGAGGAAGCUGGGGAGGAGGAGCCAGGCCACAGGAAGAAGAAGGAGGGAGAGGAGGAUGAAGAGGAAGAGGAAGAGGAGGAAGAGGAGGAGGAGGAGGAGGAAGAAGACGACAAGGGGCGAAGCGCUGAUGAGAGUCCAGAGGAAGGAGAGGAAACAGGAGAAAUCGUGAUUGACGGCUCUGACGACAGCGAGCAGGGAGAGGAUGAGCAGGCCUGAAGAUGAAGAGUGAAAAGCCGGCACUUACGACGAACAGUAACAGAGCAAUGUCGUUUUUAUGCACAGAAUAUCCAUUUUUGUUGUUGUUUUUAUACCUAAAAGAAUAUUUCAAAUCAGGGUUAAUAAUAAAUAAUAAAGCCAAGGCAGCAUGGUGUCCCCUCUGUUUUAUACACUCGGUACUGUGUAGUCGUAUUUUAUUGUUUUCUAAUCUUCUAUUUAAAGAGGAGCAUCGUGCAGCAGCCUGUUGGAGAGAUCCGGAUUAACGGCAUUACAAUUUGUGACAUAAAAACCCUUCAGUGGCAUUAUUCACAGUCAUUUCAAAGCAACGUUUUUAGGAAUUUAACACACACGUGAAAAUAAAUUGAUAAUAAUGACAGUACAUUUGAGAUGCACUGAACCAAAAUUAGUUCUCAGGGAUCAUGGUGGUAGUUUUAUUGAAAUUAACAGACAUGAACACUCUGGUUUUUGUCGGCUGUGUAUAGGAAAGCGUGUACUCUACUGUAGUUAAUAGGAAGACAUUUUGUUUUAAUAUGCUACCUUCUUCAUCGAUGCGUUUGUUCCUUCCCUCGUUAAAUAAUCAUCUCCGGUGUUUGUAAUAUCAUUGCUUAGUUUGUCGGUUUCCGCUCCUACAAUAAAUAGAAUUGUAUUAUUUUUCCCUUUUCUUAGAAUUUAACUUAAGAGGAAUUCGCUUUCUUUAACAGUUAAGAUGAGUUUUCAUGUCAUGUGUUUUAUUUUUGUGUUAUCUACUUUUUAAAAAGUUGGUAUUUAUUACAUUGUUUUUUCUACAUGACGGCAUGCCUGUGAGCAUGUGAGGCGAUGAUCACAUGACCUUUUCUCCGUGCACAGUGUCCGUUUAAAUCCACAGCAAUGUUAAUGAGUGCACUGUAACAAAACUAGUAUUUGUAUUUGCUUACUUUUCUUAGCAAUGAACUGUAAAUAAUAUUCCAGCACUGUCUUUUAGAUGAAAGGCAAGUACAUGUGUUUUAAUUCAUGGAUAAAUUCUAUCAAAAAAAAAUCGGGAGGUUUUUUCAUAAACAUGAUCAGAAAGUUAUAUUUUGUGUGCUGUGUUUUAUAGACACUGUAGUUUGGAGAUACCUGUUUGUUGCUUUGGUUAAAUUUGUUUUUGCUUUGAAGAUAAAUGUCCACCCUUUUGACUCAGACCUAAUAAAUAGGAGUUUGUUUCA